AUGGACCUGGACUCGGAGAUACAAAGCUCCAAGUUCGAUAUCGCAAACCCGCGUCAGCUCGUCCUCGAUUACCUCCUCCACAACUGCUAUGGCGAAACCGCCCGUGCUUUCAUGAAGGACGACCUCGACGCAGUCAAGGACUCAAGCGACUUUACCGCCAAUGGCCGAAAGAAUGGCAGCGGCGCAUCGGCCACUAACGGAGCUUCUUCUGCAGUGGCUGUACCACAAGGAGGUGCCAUGACCCGCAAUGCUUCUUCUGAGAGCAACAAUAACAUCAACAACAUCGACAACGACGAUAUUCACCACCGGAGAGCACGCCAUCCUGCAUCGCUGAUGAUGGACACUGACAAGGAGGUGCUUGAUCAAGAAGGAGACUCGCCCAUGGGUGAGAGCUAUUUGGAUACAACGGAUUCUCUCAGCGCCAGCACUUUUACCGCCGACAAGGCACACGCACUCCAUAUUGACGAACAGCUCAAGAACCUGGAGACACGCAAAGCUAUCCGAUCUUUGAUUUCGAUGGGCGACAUUGGACCAGCGAUGGAUAUGUGCAACGCAGCGUUUCCUGGGGUGCUGUCGAUCGAUCCCCACAGCCCUCUCACCACACCCAGCUCUAUCCACAUGAACUUUAAGCUGCAGUGCCAAAAGUUCAUUGAGAUCGUAAGGUUGGGUCCAGAGCGAGGUUCCGAUGCUUUAAUGUUUGCCCAGCAGGUCCUGAGUGAUUUCACGCGACUGGACCCUCUAGGCAAGGACAAGUAUAUCAAACACAUGGAGGAGAUUGGCACUGUCAUUGCCUUCAAUAACCCAGAGGACUCGCCCAACAGUCAUCACCUCAAGCAGGAAGCACGGGACCACCUCGCCGACAUUAUGAACAGCGCAGUUCUUGGCACCGGCAAGAUGGCGAUUAUCAUCGUUCCUGGAGGAGUCGAGCUGAAUGAGCAGCGUGGAAACGGGAAGGGAUACAGCGACUGCGACAAGGAUGAACUGACCAGCCAAUCAACAAGCAACACCAUCAACAACAACAGCAACCACUUAUACAUUAUUUCCAACAACACUACAAACCUUGAUGGCGCCUAG